GGACCGGGUCAAUCGAUUUUACCGGUCACUGUCACUACUACCGUCACCUAGACCCGUGCCCUGCUGCAGUGGACAUGGUCAAGGUCGGCUAUUGAACGCCGGAUCAAUACCCGACGCGGAGCAAAUCCGUCACAGUCAACCCCACGCCACGCCGGGAAAAUGUCCGCCUUGCUCAGAUACUUAAUCGAAUGCUCAAAUCCCACGCCGGCCUUUGAUUCUUGAGCAUCUGUUACUCCUGUUAGAUUAUUCGAGCUUCUCAAAGUACAGCUCUCACAAUGGCCUCCUGUCAAGCCCUCGUCCUCCACGGCGCCAAAGACCUCCGCCUGGAAUCAAAACCGGUCGCCACUCCCAAUGGCGCUGAAGUGCAAGUCGCCGUCCGCGCAACCGGCCUCUGCGGCUCGGACCUGCACUACUACGGCCACGGCCGCAACGGUGACUUCGUAGUGCGCGAGCCCUACUGCCUGGGCCACGAGUCCUCCGGCAUCGUCACAGCUGUUGGGCCCAGCGUACAAAACCUCAAAGUCGGCGACCGCGUCGCCCUCGAAGUCGGGCUCCCCUGCCGCAAAUGCCCUCUCUGCCUCUCCAACCGCUACAACCUCUGCCCAGAGAUGCGCUUCCGCUCCUCCGCAAAGAUCUUCCCCCAUCUCGACGGCACCCUCAUGGAACUCACCACCCACCCCGAGGACAUGUGCCACAAGCUCCCCGACUCCGUCUCCUUCGCUGGUGGUGCUCUCGUUGAACCUCUAGCCGUCUGCCUCCACGCCAUCCGCCGCUCAAACCCACCUCCCAAAUCCUCCCUCCCACCAAACUACAACAGCACAGCCCUGAUCUUCGGCGCCGGCGCAAUCGGCCUCCUACUCGCCGCCGCCCUCAGCGCCCAGGACGCCUUCGCCCAUAUCGUCGUCGCAGACAUCGACGCCUCCCGCCUAAAGAUCGCCUCCGACCUCUCCCUGCCUAACCUCUCCACCUUCCUCAUCCCUAAACCCGCCAACCCUCCCCCGCGCGACGCACCUCACGCCGACCAAACCGCCUUCGCCCUCUCAACCGCGCAAUCCACCGCCGCCUCCCUCAAAGCCUCCAUCGAAUCCAUCGACCAGUCCGCCCUCGGCUUCACCCGCGUCUACGACUGCACCGGCGUCCCCGCCUGCGUGCAAGCCGGGAUCUUCGCCGCCUCCCCCGGCGCCGUCCUCGUGCAAAUCGGCAUGGGUAACCCCGUGCAGACGGUGCCCGUUGGUGCGGCGGCUCUGCGCGAGGUUGAUGUCAUCGGCGUCUUCCGGUACGAUGGGUAUGCGUACCCGGCGGCCAUUGCGCUGAUGGCUAGUGGGAAGAUGGAUGCUGUUGAGAAGAAGGUUGUGACGCAUAAGAUUGCGCUGGCGGAUGGGAAAAGGGCGUUUGAGUUGGCGGGUGCUGGUGUUGAUGAGGCUGGGGAGCCGGUUGUUAAGGUUGUUAUUGAGAGCUAGAUGAUUUAUGACUUUUUUUUGGGUUUCUCUCUCUCUAUUCUUUGUUGGGUGCCGUGCAUUAGAUGGUGGAGUGUGGAUGUUUGUAUACCCGUGUUAUGCUGUGAGGUGUGGGUUGGAUGCAUGAUGGUGUGUAAAAAUUUUAGAAAUUGUAUAUGAAUUUUUAUGCUACGAAUCAGAUUGUCGAUUAGAGCAUGUGUUUGGCGUUUAUAUUGAGAGGUAGCAGAAAGAUUUAGUACUCGAGAUGCUGGAAAUGAGCCAAAUAUAUAUAUUCUGCCUUAGCCGUCAACAAGUGUAUAAUGAGACUAUGAAC